AUGCCGGACUAUCUCGGUGAUGACAUGCGCAAGACCAAGAAGGGGGAGAAGGAAGAAGACAAGCCAUUCCAAGCCCUCGACGAAGGUGAUAUUGCCGUUCUGAAACGUUAUGGACAAGGUCCGUACGCAGAACAACUGAAGCAGCUGGAGAAUGAUAUCGAGGAGGCAGUAAAGAAGGUGAACGAGCUGUGCGGAGUGAAGGAGUCAGAUACUGGCCUGGCUCCUCCAGCUCUUUGGGAUAUUGCCGCUGACAAGCAAGCCAUGCAACAGGAACAGCCCUUGCAGGUGGCCCGUUGCACAAAGAUUAUCCAAGUGGAGGGGCAGGACCCGCGCUAUAUGAUCAAUGUCAAACAAUUCGCCAAGUUUGUCGUCGAUUUGGCUGAUACGCUGGCUCCGACUGAUAUUGAGGAAGGAAUGCGUGUGGGUGUUGAUCGAAACAAGUACCAGAUCCACUUGCCUUUGCCAGCCAAGAUUGACCCGACUGUGACGAUGAUGCAGGUCGAGGAGAAGCCAGAUGUGACUUACUCCGACGUCGGUGGUUGCAAGGAGCAGAUCGAGAAGCUUCGCGAGGUCGUAGAGGCUCCUUUGCUUACGCCCGAUAAAUUUGUGAAUCUGGGUAUCGAGCCGCCGAAGGGUGUCCUCCUCUACGGCCCGCCUGGUACUGGCAAGACGCUCUGCGCCAGGGCCGUGGCCAACCGAACCGAUGCUUGCUUCAUUCGUGUCAUUGGCUCAGAACUGGUGCAGAAAUACGUCGGCGAGGGCGCUCGCAUGGUUCGUGAAUUGUUCGAGAUGGCGCGCUCGAAGAAAGCCUGCCUGAUCUUCUUCGAUGAAAUCGAUGCUGUUGGAGGUGCUCGUUUCGAUGAUGGCAUGGGUGGCGACAAUGAGGUCCAGCGUACCAUGCUCGAGCUCAUCAACCAACUCGAUGGCUUCGAUCCGCGUGGAAAUAUUAAGGUGCUGAUGGCUACAAAUAGGCCCGAUACGCUCGACCCGGCGUUGCUCCGUCCUGGCCGUCUUGACCGAAAGGUCGAGUUUUCGCUGCCGGACUUGGCCGGACGAGCUCACAUCUUCCGCAUUCACGCGAAACAGAUGAGCGUCGACCGCGACAUCCGUUAUGAUCUCUUGGCUCGCCUUUGCCCCAACAGCACCGGCGCCGAAUUGCGGUCGGUCUGCACUGAGGCUGGCAUGUUCGCGAUCCGAGCUCGCAGAAAGGUCGCUACCGAGAAGGACUUCCUGGAAGCCAUCAACAAGGUCAUCAAGGGCUACCAGAAGUUCUCCGCCACGCCUCGCUACAUGACCCACAAU